AUGUCAAAACCAGUACACAGCAAAAAUGAAAUACUGAGGUCCAACACUGGUUUGACCAUCAAUCCAUCCAAAGCCUAUUCACGCUCAGAAACAAGAGAUAAACUGACAGGACUUACUAUAAUUCAAGGAGGACUUUUCAGGCAAAGUCAAGCAAUCAAGAACAGGUUUCCAUCCAGGGCCACAGGUACACCAAGACUCGAGGAGCAUAUGCUCAUUGUCUUUUGUAUGCUUCUAGUGCCUUCCGUCCAGGUCAAGCAUCAAGGAUCCAAUCAGAGCCCACGGUUAUCAGUAUCCAUUCCAUCCAGGUCAAGCUUCAAGGUUCAGGUCAAGGUCCACGGUUAUCAAUAUCCAUUCCAUCCAGGAAAAGCAUCAAUGUUCCGAUCUCCCAGCUAUGGUCAUAGCUUUUAUCUAUUACUAGUGUCAGCCAUCCAGGUCAAGUGUCAAGGACCCGAUUUCCCGGCAAUGGGUAUAGCCAUCGAUGUCAGGCGUCAAGGUUGCGAUCUUCCAGCCAAGUGUUCCGUCAUCCAGGUCAAUCAACAGGAUUCUGAUCUCCCGUCCAUGAUUAUAGCCAUCGACGUCAGGCGUCAAGGUUGCGAUCUUCCAGCCAUGUGUUCCGUCAUCCAGGUCAAUCAACAGGAUUCUGAUCUCCCGUCCAUGGUUAUAGCCAUCCAUGUCAAGCGUCCAGGUUCCGAUCUCCCAACCAUGUUUACAGCCAUCCGUGUCAAGCGACAAGGACCCGAUUGCCCGUCCAUGGUUAUAGCCAUCCGUGUCAAGCGUCAAGGACCCGAUUGCCCGUCCAUGGUUAUAGCCAUCCAGGUCAAGCAUCAAGGUUCUACUCGCCCGUCCAUGGUGUGUUCAGUUAUCCAGGUCAAGCAUCAAGGACCCUAUCGCCCGCCCAUGUCUCCAGCCAUCCAGGUCAAGCAUCAAGAUUCUGAUCGCCCGUCAAAGAUUAUAGCUAUCCAGGUCAAGCAUCAUGGUUCCGAUCGCCCGUCAAUGGUUAUAAAUUUAAUAUAUCUCCAGUCUCCAGCUAUCCAGAUCAAGCAUCAAGAUUCCGAUCUCCCCGCCAUGGUUAUAGUCAUUCAUGUCAAGCAUCAAGGUUCCGAUCACCCGUCCAUGGUUAUAGCCAUUCAGAUCAAGCGUCAAGGACCUGAUCACCCCUCCAUGGUCAUAAGUAUAAAACAACAUUAUGGGCAUAUACUCACUAGCUGUAAUAUACUUCUUGUGUUCAGUCGUCCAGAUUUAAUAUAUCUCCAGUCUCCAGCUAUCCAGGUCAAGCAUCAAGAUUCCGAUCUCCCCGCCAUGGGUAUAGUGUUGAAUCCACCAAGAUCAUGCUUCACGGAUCCGGAUUCAGUCCGUGGCUAUAGGCCAAACAGCAAGGAUCAAAACUCAAAUUUGGGCUACAGUUUAAAUAUCAAAGAUCUGAUUUCAAAUCAAGUGUGUUUACGAUCCGGCUACACAAUGAAAAAUUUGUUUUCCUUCCAGUGCGACAGGUAUAUACAUCUAGUUCGGCCUUUAGUUACUGUUGGCUUUAUUUCUCUACUGGCUUCACAGUCCAAGCCAGCCAUCAUGGAUCCUAUAUCCGUCCAGUGUUACAGUGUCCUUGCAGUCAAGGUGCCUUUACUGUCUAUGCCAAUGAUUCCGAAUCCGAGCCCUAUCCAGAGUGACAGGGCAACCAUCAAGGAUUCGAUCUCCAUCCAGUAUGACAGCCAAGGCCAAUCGAUCCAGGUUUACUGUCCUCUAGGUCAAACUGAAUUACCAAAGUUUUACUAUCUACCUAGUGCCCGAGCCGAAGCCAACGAUCAAAGCUUUGAUAUUCUUUUGGGCUCACAGCAAGCGUUCAAUGCUCAGCUCUACAUCAAAGGUCGCAGGUAUACAAGAAUCUUUAAGCAAUUUACUAAAAAUUAGAUUUUCCUAGCGUUUACAUAGUCAAGGCGAAAUGAUCAUGUUCUUUCUAUCCAUUCAAGGUUCUAGGUACACACGCACAUUUUAGCAUUUAUUCUUCACUGGUUGAAUCUUUUUAAUCUUUGACAGUCCAUGCCGAGAAUCAAGGUUGCACUUCAAAAAAUAGGGUUAAGGUAUACAUGCCUUUUUAAGCAUUUACUUACUACUAGUUGCUUUAUUCAGACUUUAUACAGUCGAGACCAAAGAUCAAGAGCCCGAUUUCCGCAUAGAUUUACAGGGAUACAAGUGGCUUUCUUUACCCAUUAACAUAUUGAUAGCUGUUUGAAGCAGUCUUUUUACAGUUCAAUUCAACAGUCAAGGUUCAAAUCCCCGUCAAAAAUCACUGAUAUACUGCCACUUUU